AUGGCCGUCCCGACCCGAGAAAGCCCUCUCCAGCCCAUUUUAGUGCAACGACAGUUCUCUGACAUUGGAAAUCAUUUGGCCGAUGACACGGGACCUGGGAGCGCCCUUGACCACUUACCAACAGAAAACGUAUCGCAGAGUGAACUUGAUACGGACCUCUGGCAGCUUUUGGAAAAACUGACGACAGCAUUAACAAUGGCCGGCAGAGAUGGAGCUUCAUUCUCAGCCUUCUUCUCUUACAAGACCCUGUGGCGCCAGCCCACUGGAAUUGACAAGGAAGUAAGUCGAAGAAGGUUUGAUGAAUGA